AGUCACGGAUGCAGCUGGGAACUCAAGUGUUGUGGAGCAGCGGUGGGGUGAGUGUCCCUCCGCCACAUGUCCUCAGAGCGCAGGCACAGAGCUAUCCUGCUCCAUUCCAGGCUCAUCAAAGAGCUUCUGCAAGGCUUGCCACAAUCAACUGAGAGGUGGACCCAGAGAACUUGCUCUGAGCUUUGCCAAGAUGUUUGCAGUGUGGAUCACUACUCUUUUUCUUCUUGAUGCAGCCAGAGGAAGGGAAGUUUGCUACAAAAGGCUUGGAUGCUUUACUGAUAGCCCUCCUUGGUCUGGGAUCCCAGGGAGACAACUGGCAGGUUUGCCCAGCUCUCCAGAAGAUGUGAACACCAAUUUCCUUCUUUAUACUAGAGACAACACCAUAAAAUAUCAAAAAAUUUCUGCUACAAAUCCUUCAACUAUCAAAGCUUCAAAUUUCCGAACACACAGGAAAACUCGCUUCAUUAUACACGGCCAUCUUGCUGGAGCAGACCUCCCCUGGAUAACAAAUAUAUGCAGGUUCAUGUUUCACACUGAAGAUGUGAACUGCAUUUUGACUGACUGGAGAGGUGGCUCCAGUGGUUUGUACACUGAUGCAGUUAACAACGUUCGCAUUGUGGGGGCUGAGCUGGUAUAUCUGGUGGACCUUCUUGAGAAAGACUAUGGCUACUCUCCUGCCAACAUCCAUUUCAUUGGCCAUAGUCUGGGAGCACAUGCUGCAGGGGAGGCAGGGAGAAGGAAGCCUGGCAUUGGAAGAAUAACAGGUUUGGAUCCAGCUGGGCCCCUUUUCCAAUAUACUCCCAUAAUGGUUAGGCUGGAUCCUUCAGACGCAAAAUUUGUUGAUAUAAUUCAUACUCAUGCUGGUCAUCUUUUCUUUGACUUUGCUCCAGGAAUUCUUCAGACUUGUGGCCACCUGGAUUUUUACCCAAAUGGCGGGAAGAAGAUGCCAGGAUGCAAGCAGCUUCGUGUACCUCCUGCAACUCGGAACAUCAAUGAUCUUAUGAGAGAAUACAGAUCUAUUGGAUGUGGACAUAAAAGAAGUCUCCGGUAUUAUGCUGAGAGUAUUAUCACUCCGAAUGGAUUUGUUGGGUAUCAGUGUGAAACAUACAGAGCUUUCAUAUUGGGAGACUGCUUCCCAUGUCCAAAGGAAGGAUGCCCACUGAUGGGUCACUAUGCUGAUACAUUUUUACAUAAAACUGAGAAAGAACAGCAAAAGGUUUAUUUAAACACAGGGCCCUCCCCUCCAUAUGCUCGCUGGCGAAAAGAGAUACAUGUCAGAGUAUCUGCAACAGAAACUGUGAAUGGAGAUAUAGAUGUAGCCUUGACUGGAACUAAUGGGAUCAGGAAAAAAUAUACAAUCGACAAGGGAACUUUCAAACCAGGCAACACGUACUGGAACUACGUUGAUACAGAAAUUUCUGGGAACGUUUCAAAAGUUGAGUUUCUCUGGAAAAAGCAUCCAGGUCAUGUACACAGAGGCUACAUGGGAGCUGAAGAAGUCACAAUAAUAUCUGGGGAAAAUGGAAAUGUGUCUGUGUUCUGUGGCUGUGGAACCGUGCAGUCGAGCACAUGGCAAGCCCUGGCACUUUGCUGAGCCUCAAGAAAUGCCCUGGUCACCCACUGUGGCAACCUUCACUGGCUGGAAGAGGACAUUUCUUCAGUCAGCAGUGAACUAUUAACAAGGCUACUUCAAUAGAUUGUGGAAAAACUUGCCCAGCCCACUACAAAAGUCUAUUUCCAAACUAGUGUUGUCAGCUUUUAUCCGUACAGGGUAAUUACACUUCUGUGAAUUCCAGUUACAGUAAUAGCUAACAUGUAUUUUACUAAUAACACACACAAAAGACUGCUUAGGAGCUGGGACUGCAUACCAAGUUGUACAAUAGACCUUGAGAAACUCUACUAUCAAAGUUCACCAUGUGACACACAGAACAGCUUAAUGUACAGCAAAAUAUUUCAUUGUUGCUUUUUUUUCUGGGGAAGAACUCAUUGGUGUGCUCUAUUCAGCCCAGCUGAACACCGGGUGAGAUGGGACUCUUUCUCUGUAUCUGAAAGAGGCAUCAACUUUAUCAAAAAUAUGUUGCACUAUUGAGGAUCUGGCAACCUUCAAAAUAAUGAUUUUCUCUUUACAUGAUGAAACUGAAUUUUUCACCUCUACCUUGCCCUCCUGAAAUCCCUGAAUUUGACCUGAGCUGCAUUACUUGCACUGCUACACAGCACUGUCCCCCCAAAUUU